UAGAUGAUCCUUGCAAUGUGCCGUCAUCAGUUUUACCGAUCCAAGGAAACCAUGAAGUUUGUAGUCCUCGCUCUCCUGGCCGCCGUAGCCACCGCCGUCCCGGUUUAUGAUGGUUCACAGGCUCGCUUCGACUCCGGCGAGGAGGUGGCCAUCCUGAGGGACGAACGCGUGAUCGAGGACGACGGAAGGUACAACUUCGACAUGGAGGCUGCCAACGGCAUCGUCGUGUCUGAGUCUGGCUCUCCCGGUCUAGAGGGUGCCAUCGUCAGUGCCGGUUCCUACUCAUAUACCGCUCCCGACGGCACCCCCGUUGUCGUCAAGUACGUGGCCGACGAGAACGGCUUCCAGCCCCAGUCCGACCUCCUGCCCGUGGCCCCCGCGUUCCCCCACCCGAUCCCUCAGUUCGUCCUGGACCAGAUCGCCUUCGCCGCUGAGGAGGACGCCGCCCGCGCCCGCGGUGAGCUCAGGGGCGCCAACCAACCCUCUAGCAGAUAUGGAGCUCCCUAGAUGUAUUGGUUUAUGAUAUGGGGAUACGGAAAUUAACUUUAUAUGUAUAUUUAAACAUAUUUGUAAAGAGCACGAGGCAUAUUUGUUGAUAAGUAUUUUUUUCUAAGAGAAAAUAAAAAGUGUAAUAUAUCAA